CAGAAAUCGAGCGGCUGCCGGCAAGAUGGCGCAGCCGUGGAAGGACGCGCUCUUGGUGUACGUGGCGGCGCCUGCGGAGCAUGCCGACGUCGUCUUCUACGACGAGACUGUCGUCGUUGUCAAGGACAAGUACCCCAAGGCUAAGCUGCAUCUGCUGGUCCUGCCCCGGCAGCCCAUGCCAUUUGGCGUCGAAGGAUUGACGCGAGCGCACAUUGGCCUCUUGCAGCACAUGGAAGGACUCGUAUCUUCCUUCAGCGACGGCGCCGACGUGCGCGUCGGGUUCCACGGCGUCCCGUCCAUGCGGCAGCUGCAUCUGCACGUGAUUUCGACCGACUUGAUCUCGCCGUCGCUCAAGAAGAAGGAACACUGGAACUCGUUCACGACGUCCUUCUUCAAGCCGCUGGCAGAAGUGCUCGUGGCGCUUGAGGCGGACGGUCGCGUGCCCAUUGACGUCGCGACCGAGCACGCCAAGCUCAAGACGCCGUUGUUGUGCCACAAGUGCAGUGGUACCUUUCGCCAGCUCCCGCAGCUCAAAAAGCACCUCGAAACAACGCACCCAAGCGAUUCGCUCGCGCUUAGCUCGACGAAGCGGGCGGCGAGCGGCGCACCGCCGUCGCCGCCACCGAAACGAGCCAAGGAUGCUACAGCGUAAUCCCGUCGGCCUCGACCGGCGAACGCAAAAUCGGAUUUGCCGACUUGAUAUUAUUCGCGGCGAAUUGAUACUAGCUCGUUGGCGUGUGUCAAGCUGUGCCGGAAGAGGUCGUCGUGCGGCGACCCACAAAGGAGCUGCUGGAGCUACACUGUGUCCGCGAUGACUUU